AUGGCGGCCGCCACCCUCGCCUUCAUCGUGACGCGGUCCGCGCCGGAGCUGGUCGCGCCGUCGAGGGCGACGCCGCGGGAGCUCCGGCCGCUGUCCGACAUCGACAGCCAGGACGGCCUCCGGUUCUACCGGUCGGGCCUCCACUUCUUCCGCGGUGGCGGUGCCGGUGCCGGGGCAGCCGACCCCGCCGAGGUCGUGAGGAGAGGCCUCGCCGACGCGCUCGUGCACUACUACCCCGUCGCCGGCCGGAUCCGUGAGGUGCAGCCGGAGAGGAAGCUGGUGGUCGAGUGCACCGGCGACGGCGUGGUGUUCGUCGAGGCCGACGCCGACGUCUCCCUCUCCGACUUCGGCGACGUGCUGUGCCCGCCGUUCCCGUGCUACCAGGAGCUCCUGUGCGAGCCCGACGGCAACUGCGCCACCGUCGUCGGCCGCCCGCUGCUCUUCGUUCAGGUGACACGACUCAGGUGCGGUGGGUUCGUGUUCGGCCUGCAGAUGUGCCACAACAUAGCCGACGCGGCCGGUGCGGUGCAACUCCUGCGAGCGAUUGGCGAGAUGUCGAGGGGCAUGCCCGCGCCGACCGUGGCGCCGGUGUGGGCGAGGGAGCUGCUCAUGGCGCGGUCGCCACCGGUGGUCACGCACCGGCACCCUGAGUACGACGAGACGGCGGCCGGCGGGAACCACGACAAGCUUGUCAACAAUGAGCCGCUCGUGCAGCGCGCGUUCUUCUUCGGGGCGAAGGAGAUGUCUGCACUGCGAGAGCUCGUCGCCGCCCCAGCCGGCGCCGUCGCCGGCGCCGGCGUGCGGAUCUCCCGCUUCGACAUGCUCGCCGCUUUCCUCUGGCAGCGCCGGGCGGCCGCGCUGGAGUACGCCGACGACGACGAGGUGCGCGUCAUGUUCGUGGUGAACGCGCGCGGCCGCAGCCCGCCGCUGCCGGCGGGGUUCUACGGCAACGCGUUCGCCUUCGCGGUGGCAGCGUGCACGGCCGGGCGGCUCCGCGAGAGCCCGCUCGGAGAAGUGGUCGCCAUGGUCGCCGACGCGAAGGCCAGGGCGGCGUCGGACGGCUACGUGCAGUCGGUGGCCGACCUGAUGGCGCAGCGCGGGCGGCCGCGGUUCGGGCGCGCGGCGAGGACGUACCUCGUGUCUGACGUGACGAGGGCUGGGUUCGAGGGCGUCGACUUCGGGUGGGGGGAGGGAUUGUACGGCGGGCCAGCGGCGGUGACGCUGGCGACGUUUCACUUGACGGCGAAGAAUGCGAGCGGCGAGGAUGUGAUCGCCGUGCCGAUGUGCUUGCCGGCGGCGGCCAUGGAAAGGCUCGAAUUGGACGUGCAUAUGUCGUUGAAUCAUUGAACGAUAUAUACAUGCCUGCAUGCUAUUACUACAAGCUAG